AUGCCACCUUCACGAUUUGGACAUGCGUCGGGACACAGUCAAGGCCAUGAAGGAUCUGUCAGUGUUCAUGCCUGCGGUGUCCUUGCCGGAUUAUGCAUGACCAAGAGACUCAGACUGGCUGGAGAUCGUCCCCAGGACCGACACCGUCCGAUUGUAACAGCAUUAUGCAGCACCGAACACCCCGACGACGAAAAUCUGAACUUGUGUGGGGUGCCUGAAUUGCAGACUCGCGCCGAGUUCAUUCAGAACCAUGUGCACCGUUCGCUACAUUCAGAGAUGUACCACUUGUCCGACCUGGAGCUGAAUAUAGUUGGGAAUCACCCCUUUGCAGACCAGGCCACGCUGAUAGACAGGCUCAAGGGUUCGGAAGCCUCGGGGACCCGUUGCUUCUCCAUGCGUCGUGAGCGGUUUGUUCAGAACAAUAUAUGCGAUGAACUCCGGAAGUUGGUGAGCUCCUUCUCCGAUCAAGAGCUCUUGGAACUGGGCCGGGAGGAUCAGGCUGCCAAGCAGAUGAUUGAUUAUUCGCACAGUGAGCAAAAGCAACAAGACAGCCGCCCGGCCACUGUUGCUCUAGGUCGAUUCAAGACAUCUCGAAUCAAGUACAUUGAGAAGUGCAUUCACAACGACUUGCGGGAUCAGCUGUCAACUCUCAGUGAUGGGGCCCUCUUUGUGCUUGGCUCGCCGAUAAUCGGUCGCCAGAAUCAACCUGAUCGCCUUGCAGCGAUUGCAAGAGCUGAUAGGAUUCUGCCAUGUUCCAGAUCUUCGUGGCUGUCCGUUGUCAGUAAAGAUCCAGAGGUGAGGCAGAAGCUGACAGAGCUGGGGAAGCUCACAGACUUAGAGGUCUUUCACUUGGGUCGGGGCAAGAAGGAAAAAAUUAACAAAUACAGGGAGCGGCUUAAUGCGCAGAAAGCCACGACUGUAAAUGCACCGGCAGGGGAUACAGAUCACGAGAAGCCCGAUCGAGCUGUUCAAGAUGGCUUCAUCUUGGCUGGCAUUAAGGAUGCUCUUCUGGAGGAGGAGGAGGAUGAGGAGGAGGAGGAUGGGCCCGUCGUGAUAGCAGCGCAGGAGGAUGUGGAACAAUGGCUGACAGGCGACUGGGCCAAAUCCCUUCAGGGUAGUGUCGUUGGAGUUGCAGUCUCCGGUCAGCUACUGCGAAAUGGUCACUUCCACUACAUCGCCAUCUGUGCAGAUUCGGAUGUGGAGCCUCUCGUUGUGGACGUCGAAUCGCUGUCGGAGACGUGUCCGACGGAGGCCCUCUUCAGCGAGCUGCUACGCCCACUCAAAGAGGUCCUGCAGAGCCGGAACAUUGUGAAGGUUUGUCACGAUUGCCGUCCGCUCUCUGAUCUGCUCUUUGAGUACGAGGUGCAAUUGGAGGCUUGCUUCGAUACCGUAGAGGCGUGGGAGCGUCUUCAAGCAAAGGAGCAGCGACCCGUGCACCUUGACAAGAUGGCACGCACAUAUGAUCGCGAGCUAGAAUAUGCGCUCCGAGAACGAGCAGAGCUGCAAAAACCCAAAACCCCGAGGGCCUAUGACAUUCUGGUGCCUGAGGCUGGCUCGUCGUCCGAAUCUGAGUCUGCCUUGACACCGGAGCUUCUCGCAGAGGUUGCAGAAGCGCUCGUCAAAAUUUCAGAGGAGAUGUCUGGAUCCCUCGAGAACCAAGCCAGUCAAUUUCGAGAUGCUUGCCAAGCACGUCUGAAGGAGUUUCGGUCCUGGCCGGGACAGCACUUGGGCGCCUAUCCCCCAGGCUGCGAGCUCGAGUUCUGCUUCGUCGACGGGAAACUAUGCAUUAUCGGUCCGUCACCCAGCGAAUGCAAUGCUUUGCCCAACAGAAGUUUGGCAGACGACAUAGCUGACGAGAACACUGUCUCUGAAGAAAGCAGCGGCAACGACAAAGAGUUCGAGAAACUCAUCACUUUGCUGCCUGAAGGUCAGCUGAAGAAGGUGCGCGAGUUCAUCAAUGGCUUGGAUGGGAGCAAUAACGUUGUGGAGAUCGUCCUGGGAGUUGGACGCAACAUCGAGGUUCGCUGGCGUGCGCUCCUCCAAGGAGGCUUACGGAAAGCUGCGAUUGCCGACAGCCUGAUCUCCCGUCAGCAUAUUGACGAGAUCGUCUGUGACCGAAUCGGCGAGGACCGCUUCAACCAGCAAAAUCGGGCAGGCAUCGAUCGCACUCUCCACAGGAUCUCUGUAACUCGAAACGAGAACGGGUAUCCGGUCACCGUUACUAUGAGAGUGGGGAGGUCCUCGCGGAUGCUUGCUUCCGUGAUCGAGGACAUCAUCCAAGACGGAAGCUCAUUCUUGCUCUUGGGCCCGCCAGGGGUUGGCAAGACGACCCUGCUGCGUGCGUGCGCAGGAGACUUGUCGAGCGACCAGGUGGUGGUGAUUGUGGACCCCAGCGGCGAGAUCGCCGGCGCUGGGGACACCUGCCAUCCAGCUGUGGGAGAAGCUUGGAAAGAUGCCGCGCAUUCCGCAGAGAAGGUCGAUCGCAGCGAGGCGCGGCGCCUGUCCAUGGGCCGCGCCCUCGAAAACAUGGGACCCCAAGUCAUCGUCGUGGAUGAGAUCGGCACGUUAGGGGAAGCCAAGGCGGCCCGCACCAUCGGGGAGCGUGGGGUGCAACUUGUUGCAACUGCGCAUGGGAGGACCCUGCAUGAUCUCAUCGCCAAUUCCGAGCUCAGAGAUCUCAUCGGCGGCCUCAGAUCGGCAACCCUUGGCGAUAACAACGAGCGAUACCAGUCAGAGGGAAGGAAGAACAUCACCGAGCGGGGUGGCAAGCCCGUGUUCAAGAGGUUAGUGGAAAUCCGGAGCCCGAAUUGCCUUGUCAUUCAUCACGACUUGGCCUAUGCCGUCGACCAAUUGCUGGAAAAAGGCAAGCUCUUUGUGGAGGAGCGCACUUUGAACACAUCGGGCGAGAUGAUGGUCAAAGUUCGAGCCGAGAGCAUCACGGCCUCGGCGCUGAAGGAUCAUAUCGGUGAGCGAGCAAAAGGAGAGGUUCUAUACCACAAGAAGCUAUCCUUUGCAUCCAAUGGCAAGGUGCUUGACGACAGCGAUGAGGUGCCGCUGGCACCAUCUGUCGUCCAGGUGAAGGGCCCCGGCUCAGUAGUCCAAAUGUUUGGGCUCUUCUGCGACAAAGGUGGCCGCCCCGUGCAGCGCCCCAAGGCCCCUGCGCCGACUCCGGCACCCAGGCCCUCUGCGCAGGAUCGGCCGCUGCCCGCUGCACGCGGCUACCAGGACAUGCGGCACUUCGACUUCGGUGGCCGUGGCUCGCCCUUUGCGCAAAGCCUGCAAAGCGGUUUCCGCCAACAGGCCAACCCAAUGGCCUUCAAUGCGACUUCAGACCGACAAUGGCCCAGUUCUGGCGGCUGGACCGGACGAAAUCCACCUCCCUCGAGCCCGCGCCAAGGUGCAUCCGGCUACGGCAGCCACGAUGAGACGGUGAUGAAGAAUUGGCUGAAUUCUCUGGCCGAGCAUCAGCAGUUCUCCGAGGAGCAAGAUUUCUCCAAGGCGCUUCUCGCAUCACAGGCUACGUUUGAGGCUGACGAAGAGGCACAACUGCGUUGGGCGCUGGAGGAAUCGGCGCGCAUGGCGGAAGAGAUCGACGCCGCGCGGAACGUGGAGCUUCAGAGCGCCGAGGAGAUAAAAAAGUACUACAUGGAGGACUUGCAGGGAGGCUGCAGAGAUCUGCAGAGUAAGGGUGCCAUGCGAAAUCUGGCUGCGUUGGUAUCGGACAAAGAGGCAAAUUCGUUCUUGUCGCUAUGCGUGUCCUUGUGCGGCGGCGGAACCUUGGACGGGAAGAACUUCCGCGUCGCAAGCGCCAGCGGCGGACAUGCGAAGAUGCUACCGACCCUGUCGCCGCCUCGGCAGCUAGAAUGCUUAGCUGCCGUGGAGCCGGUUGACGGGCAGGAGCUGUGCUACGGUGAGCUCUCCCGCGCAGAGAGAGCCUCCUUCGAGAAAUCCGUGGAGCAGAAGAUUUCGCAUUUGAUGCUGAAGGAGCUCGAGCAAGCGAAGCCGCCGCGCUGGCGGCUGAAGGACAAGGCGCUUGGCCGCGUGUCCUUGGUACCCCGGGCCCUGCGGAAGGGGAGGACCAUCCCGCCGCGCAUCCGAGCAGGUGCCGCGGCUUUACGGGGGCCUCCUGUUUUCGUCCAGCUGCGUGAAUUGCAAGAUGCUUUUGUUCAGCAUCCACCCGACGAGUACAGGGAAGAGGUGAUCUUCAGGCCGCCGCCAGCAUCGCCUUGGCAUGCGACUUUCAUCUUGCGCAGCCAGCGCAGCGGUGGGCGUCGGGCAGAAGGGACGGGCGAAGGGGUGAGCCCUCAGGCAGCUCGGGAAGCGGCGGCAGCGGCGCUGCUCCAGCAGCUGCCUCCGCCCUUUCCCAAGCCCAACUUCAAGCCUGCCAGGCAGGUCCCGACCACGGUGCCUCCCAGGCCGGAGGCCGGGCCCUGGUUGGCCGCGGCGAGGCCUCCACCUCGACCAGCUCUUCCAUCUCCAGAAGCGAUGAGUUCAUUGAGCGCUGCGAUUCAGCCACAGCUGCCCUUGCAACUUACCAGGAGAUGGAUUCGCCCUCUUUUGCCAGGGUCGCAGCAGAGCCCAGGGCAGAUGGCUCAGCGAGCUAUCAAGGACGAGGAGGCCGGGAAGCGAACUCCCCCGCCACCUCCGAAGCCGAAGCGCAAGUUCCGGCCCCGCAUCGUGUCCUGA